AUGAAGGGGACAGAAACCAGGUCUCUUGGAAGGCAAGUAAUGCUUCUUGUGUUAUCCUCUUUGUUCUGUAUAGCUGCUUUGGAAGAGAUUCGUUAUUCCAUCCAUGAAGAGAUGGCAAAGCACUCCACUGUGGGAAAUCUUGCAAAAGAUCUGGGACUGAAUGACAAAGAACUGAGAAACAGAAACCUGCACAUUCUUUCCGAAGGUAAUUAUUUCACUAUCAAUGCAGAAAAUGGAAACCUCUAUGUAAAUGACAGGAUAGACCGUGAGGGAAUAUGUGGGGACAGCACACUUUGUGUUAUUAAUUUUGAGGCUGUGGUUGAAAAUCCUUUGAAUGUUUUCCAUAUAAGUGUAACAGUUCAGGAUAUAAAUGAUAAUGUACCCUAUUUUUUGAAAAGCAAUAUCAGCUUUGAGAUAAUUGAGUCCACUUCAGUGGGAAGCAAAUUUUACCUUGGGAUGGCUGAAGACCCUGACACUGGGAUGAACGCUCUCCAGAAUUACCAGCUCAGUCCAAAUCAAUAUUUCACUCUGGAAGUUAGAGAGGGAGAAGAAGGAAACAAAUAUGCAGAACUGGUUCUGCAGAAACCUUUGGAUCGGGAAAGGGAGCAGACUCUUCAUUUGGUCCUUCUGGCCUUGGAUGGGGGAGAACCAAGAAAAACUGGGACAGCCCAGAUCUGGGUUAACGUCACUGAUGCCAAUGACAACCCACCCAGUUUCACUCAGGAGGUAUAUAAGGUCAGCCUAAAGGAAAAUACCCCUGUAGGAUCCCUCUUGCUCCGAGUUGCAGCCUCUGAUAGUGACGAAGGUUCAAAUGCUUAUAUUACCUACAGUUUUGGUAAUACUGCAGAAAGAGCCCACCAGAAAUUCAAGUUAGAUCCACAAUUUGGAAUAAUUACAAUUAAGGAGAUACUGGAUUUUGAGGAAACAGAGAAGUAUAUUAUAGCAAUAGAAGCAAAGGAUGGAGGUGGAUUAGUGGCACACUGUAAAGUUGAAAUUAAGGUCUUAGAUGAGAAUGACAAUGCCCCUGAUGUGGUCAUUGCCUCCUUAUUCAGCCCAAUUCCUGAAAACUCUUCUUCUGGCAUCGUGGUCGCUCUUAUCAGCGUAAAGAACAGAGAUUCUGGAGAAAAUGGAAAGUGUGAUUGCCAUUUGCAAAGUAAUUUCCCAUUUAGAAUAGUUUCAACAUCUAAUAACUAUUACAAGCUCCUCACAGAGGGUGCCCUAGACAGAGAGAAAACCCCACACUACAACCUUACAAUCACAGCCACUGACAAAGGCACACCACCCCUUUCCACACACAAGACAAUCUCCCUGCAGAUUUCAGACGUCAACGACAACUCCCCUGCCUUUGGAGAAUCUUCCUACCAUCUCUUUGUGCCAGAAAACAACCCUUCGGGGGCCUCCAUUUACACUGUCAAAGCCUCAGACCCCGAUCUGGACCGCAACUCAAGAAUCACUUACUCCAUCCUCACCAGCAAUAUCGAAGACCUUCCUCUAUCCUCUUAUAUGUCCAUUAACUCUGAGACUGGCACCAUCUAUGCACAGCGUUCCUUCGACUACGAGCAAUUUCGUGAGUUUCGCAUUCAAGUGAAGGCCCAAGAUGGCGGCUCCCCCCCUCUCAGCAGCAAUGUCACAGUGUGGGUGUUUGUUGUAGAUCAGAACGAUAACAGCCCUCGGAUCCUGUAUCCCUCGAAAGGAGCUGAUGGCUCAUCCUUGUUUGAGAUGGUUCCUAACUCAGCCGAGUCAGGCUAUCUAGUGACCAAAGUGGUGGCUGUGGAUGCUGACUCUGGACACAAUGCUUGGCUCUCCUUCCAUCUUCUCCAGGCCACGGAGCCAGCACUGUUCAGCAUUGGAUCCCACACAGGGGAGAUCAGAACAUCACGAGUCCUUCUGGAGGAAGAUGCUGUGAAACACAAGCUGGUCAUCUUAAUUAAGGACAAUGGGACACCUUCGCUCUCAGCCACUGUAACGCUGAACUUGGUGUUUGCUGAGAACUUUCAGGAAGCUCUUCCAGAAAUGAUCAGCCAAUCAAGCAACUUGGAUCAUCAGUCUGAAGUCCAGUUUUAUUUGGUGCUGGCUUUAGCUUUGAUCUCCUUCUUAUUUCUCCUCACUAUGACACUUGCCAUUAUGAUGAAAGUUCGACAGUCAGGAAAUCCCAAAUUCCUCCCACGUAUUGGUCCAGAUUCUUUCCCAAAAAACAAUAGCAUGUUCCCACCAAACUGUGAAGAAGGGACCUUACCCUAUUCCUACCAGCUCUGUUUAUCUUCUGAGUCUAGGAAAAAUGAACUUACCUUCCUGACACCAGCUGUUCAGAUUGUGGAGAAUGUUUCUUGCAAUAAAUCCAGUGAACCUUCAAGUGGCAGUGUUGGGAACAACUUAAAUUCCAAUGUAGAAAAUAAUGACCAGUCACUUGAAUAA